ACAAUGAAUCAAUUGUUAUUGAAUUUUAUUUUGCAUCAUUUCUGGAAUGCAAAUAUUAAUGCAAUUGUAUUUUUCAAUUGUUGGAGUUUGCAAACCCAGCAACAUUUUAUGCAUAUGACUAACGAGAGAAUGUGGUAUACGCGCUUUGUAAAUAUCGAAUCAAUGGAUUUAUUUGGUGAUUUUGAACAUCGCUAUUUGCUGCAUAGCCGAUCCAUUUUGGGAGCCUACUUAGAUAUGAACUGUAAUAAAUCGGAGGACGUACUGAACACACUUAGCCGCUGGAGUCUCUAUAAUCAGCACUAUAACUGGUUGCUCUACGAUCGUACAGCUGAUAUGCACAACUUCAAACGCCUCUUUGUGAAUGCCAGCCUCUCUGUAGAUGCAGAGCUCACUUAUGUCAUACUGAAGCCAGCUCUUAUGGACGCCAAUACUGAUACGAAUACAACGUGCUAUAUAACUUAUGAUGUCUAUAAUAAUGGCUACGCCUUAGGUGGUAAACUGAAUGUGACUGUUGAUCGCGAGAUUCAAUGCAAUUUGCAGGAUUGCCAUGUACGGCGUUAUCUUUCAGAUUUGCAUUUGCGAUCGAAAUAUAGCAAUCGACUUCGGUUGCACGAUGUAACAAUGCGGGUGUCGACUGUGGUCACUAAAAGGCCACUCAGUUUACCACCGCAUCUACUCUUAGAGUUUCUAAACUCAGAAAAUAAUACGGAAAUCGAUGCAAUCUCGCGUUUUGGCUUCAGAGUGUUGUUGAUCUUCAAGGAUCUCUUCGGUUGCAACAUGGAGCACACCUUUCGCGACCGCUGGAGCAUGAAUGAAACGCAUGGUGGCAUAAUCGGUGACAUGAUCACCAAGGACGCCGACUUUGUAUCCUCACCUUUCCUCAGCACUAAGCCGCGUCAGAAGCAUCUCUCGCUUAUGGCCGUAACAGGUGCUUAUCGACAACUUUGUCUCUUUCGCACACCACGCAGUACCAGCAUUAGAGGUGAAGCCUUUCUACAACCUUUCGACACCUCGGUAUGGGUUGUUUUCAGCAUCAUACUGGGUUUACUGGCGAUUUUUCUUUGGCGUACCUUUGCUUUGGAGUCACGCAAUUUCCGUCAACGUAUGCCUUAUGAACCUUCACUACUGGCGACCACCCUACUGGCUUUCGGUUCGGCCUGUUAUCAGGGUAGCAAUAUUGUGCCGUUUUCGUUGGGUGGGCGAUUGGCCUAUUUUUCACUCUAUUUUGCAACGUUUAUUAUGUAUAAUUAUUAUACAUCAACUUUGCUUUCAACGCUGCUCGGUACGCCGGUAAAGUCUGAUAUCAAGACGCUCGGUCAGUUAGCUGAUAGUUCCUUGGAGGUUGGACUGGAUCCAUUGCCCUUUACUUUUGUGUACUUGAAUGCCUCUCAAUUGCCCGAAGUACGUCGUUUUGUCUAUCGUAAAAUUGCGUCCAAGCCUCAUCCCGAUAAGGUUUGGAUUCCUGUGGAAGAAGGUAUUUUACGCGUGCGCGACGAUCCCGGCUUUGUUUACGUACUUGAAACUUCGACAAGUUACCCAUUUUUGGAACGGAGUUUCUUACCGCAUGAGAUUUGUGAUUUAAACGAGGUUUUGCUACGUCCAGAUCGCGGUUUGUUUACUCAGCUCCACAAAAAUUCAACCUAUAAGGAAUUAACACGCUUGAGGGCAUCUCGCAUGAUGGAGACAGGCGUUUGGCGCAAACAUCGUCGCUAUUGGGUUAAGGAAAAACUAAAUUGCGUGCCAGGCAAUUUUCUCUUCGCUGUUGGCAUGGAGUACACGGCUCCACUAUUUCUAAUGCUAAUUUUCUCAUUUGCACUAUGUUUAGUGCUAUUAUUAUUGGAGUUAGGUAUUAAAUAUUUGUUGGAUCAUCAGCGUGAUAAUACGAUUG